GCGCACAGCGCCCUGCCCGCCUCCGAGAUGGCGGCGGCGGAGCCGCCGGGGCUGGGGAGAGGCCCCGCCCCGCCGUACGCUGAGAGCGGGCGGAGGCCGCGGGACCGCCGCAAGAUGGCGGCGCCUGGCAGUGGCGGCGGCAGCCGGGCGGAUAACGGCUACAGCAGCCAGCAACCGCGGCGGAGGAAGGGCCCGGGCGCCCUGGCCACGGCCUACCUUGUUAUCUACAACGUGGUGAUGACGGCGGGGUGGCUUGUUAUCGCAGUUGGUCUGGUGCGAGCCUACCUGGCUAAAGGCAGCUACCAUAGCCUUUACUAUUCAAUAGAAAAGCCCCUGAAAUUCUUCCAAACUGGAGCUUUGCUUGAGAUUCUGCACUGUGCAUUUGGCAUUGUUCCCUCUUCUGUCGUUCUGACUGCUUUCCAAGUGAUGUCAAGGGUUUUCCUGACGUGGGCAGUAACACAUAGUGUAAAAGAGGUACAAACUGAAGAUAGUGUCCUGUUGUUUGUGGUGGCCUGGACAAUCACUGAGAUAAUCCGUUAUUCUUUUUAUACGUUUAGCUUGUUAAACCAUCUCCCUUAUCUCAUCAAGUGGGCCAGGUAUACUUUGUUUAUAGUAUUGUAUCCAAUGGGAGUCUCAGGCGAAUUACUUACAAUAUAUGCUGCGUUACCCUUCGUCAGGCAGUCUGGCUUGUAUUCCAUUAGUUUACCUAACAAGUACAAUUUUUCUUUUGACUACUAUACAUUCCUGAUCCUGGUUAUGAUCUCCUACAUUCCAAUCUUUCCCCAGCUGUAUUUUCACAUGCUACAUCAGAGGCGAAAGGUACUCUCCCACACUGAAGAACACAAGAAGUCCGAGUAAUUCCAACUCUUUUUCAGAACUUUUCAAACAUCAAAAUGCUGCAGAUUUUCAAUACCCAGCACAUUUAUAAAGAAUGUACCAGGAUAAAAUAAGUCAGAGGUAAAAGAACAAUAAUUUAGCAAGAAUAACCAAUAAAACUGAUUUCACUGAAAUUCCACAAUAUAAAACAUUGACAUAAUUUUCAGCUUGCAGUGCUUCAGAAAACUUUUAAACUUUAUAUGGCGUGGCAGUUAGCCUUUUCCUUAAAUGAUGUGCUAAAUGGUUUUCAUUUAUUACUAAAUGCCUGAAGGUUGCAGUAUAAGUGAUGAAGUUGUACCCACUAAAUGCUUGAAUUGGGAUUAUAUUACUGAUACCUCUUUUUUUAAGUGCUUGACUGCAUGCCAGAAACUGUAUGUAUUGCUGUGAAAGCAAACAAUAUGCUCUGGAAUACUUUUAAGAUUUUGUCAGAGACUCCAGUGGACAAUGUAAUUUGGGCAAAGUGUUUAAAUUUAGAAAGGUAGGUUGUGUGUUUAAAAGGUGAUGGGAACAAGAACAGGAAACCAGUUAUGGGAAAUGAGGGGAAUGUGGUUCAUUAGGAAUUUAAACAGUAAGGUGUCUGACCAGUGUGUGUUCUCUGAAGAUCUUGUUUAAGCUGAUUACUCAAAUGCUAAUGUUAAUUCAGAGGCUGUAAUGCUUAUCUGAAACAUUAACACUCCUCUAAGUACUGCAUCCCUGGGUACUUUUUAAAAUACUGAAAAAAAACCCCUAAUAUUUCUAGUGAUAUAAUUAAUGAAUCUAAACAAUAUAAGGAGGCAGGUCACCCCAAAACAGGUGCAAGUUUUUGUUGGGUUUUUUUUGUUUGUUUGUUUUUACUUUAAAUUAUCAUCUCUAAUCACUGUCCACUAUCUUAGUGGUACUCACCUUUCAGGGCUGAGGACUAUUUGCUCUACUGUGGAAUCAUGUGAGGGUCUUGUUCCUCAACCUAACUUUUCUCAAGUGACUAACACGUAUCACUCUGGCAAGUCCCAGCAGGCAGCUCCAGGCACUCAGCUUCCGAAAAUGUUGUGAAGUCGUAAGCUCCUUCUUUGAAAGCAGAUUAUCUCAUGUGUUACAUGCUGCUUUUGCGGAUUGAACAAGCCUUCCCUCACCUGCUCUUUUGAAAGAGCAGAAGACCAUAGAAAGUUAAAUUUCCUAGGUGCUUUCUCGGGGUUCUCAGGCUAAGCCUUCCGUUUGGGAAGGCAAAACAGAAAAUGAAAGAACUGAGAGAACCUUGCAGCAAGGCGGAUUGCACUAAUGCUGUGUGAGCAGUGCCCCAAGUUACGAACAAACUUGUUGAUUGGGGGUGGGGAAUGGAAGGGACAACGGCAGCAGGGAAAUGAACAGAUAUCCAAGCAAAGGCAAAAGGAACUGUAGGUUAUCGUCUUUGCUUUGGUCGGAAUUCAUAGUCAAAUAGCCCUGUCUUCCCCCAGCUAGAGCUACUAGAAAACAACACAAGGGAUUUUUUGGCUUCCCCCUUGUAACAUGAUUUAGCGCAUAAAUGAGGUGUGACCACUACCAUGGUACCUGCAGGACUAGUCUCUUGCUGUGCCUGCCAGCACCUCCCCCUGCGUGUGGCCCAUAUCUGUAUCCCAGUUACUUGGGCUUGACGCAUUGCAGCUUUCCGUAAACAUAGCCUGUAAGUACUAAGGGCACAGGCUCUCUGUUCUAGCACAUGAGGAGAGCCGGAUUUACAAUUAUUUUAGUUUCUGUUUGUAGAGCUAUAUUUAAAAAAAAACAAAGCAAAACAAAAAAAAACCCCGCAUUCUUCAGUAAUUUCAUUUGGCUCCAUCAAAAAGUCUGACUGAAUUUUCCUAGUGCUCAGUAACAUGUAUAACACCUUUCCUGUUCAACAUGAACAGGACUGUUGUAGGCAGGGAGAGGGUAGCAGACAAUAAUGAUCUUUGCUUCUAUUGUAAACCUUUUGGAGACAGCUAUUGGCUGUAAUCAAAACCACUAUAGCCAUAUACAACCUCAAAGUGGUGUUUUGCAUUCAAAGAUGCAAUAAUUGCAAUUCAUUUCUCCAUUAGGAUAUGUGGUGCUUUGUUAUAGUGAUCUGAGAAAUGUUGCAUUAUGCUGAUUCAUUGUUCAAAAGUGUAAACUUCACCUCUGAACAAAACAUCUCCUCUUGCUUAUACUUGCUAUCAAAGGAGGAGGUAGUGUCAGUAUUUCUGAAGGAUAUAAUCUAAAAGAUCUCAAUUCCUGAUGUACUCAGGUUACUGGAUAUUGUUGAUGCCUACCUCCUGAACUUUUCUUAAUUUGAUUUCUGUGCCCAAAUAAAGGAUUUGGUUCAAAUUUGUUGGUCUAAUUUGGAGGAAAAAAAUGGCUGUGUAAUAUUCCUAUAUGAAACAAACUCAUAGCUCAGUUGAUGAGAAAGAUGUAGUACAGAUCUGUAUUAGAUAACAUUGGUACUAUGGAAAAGCAGGGAGAGCUGCCAGUAGUGAGAAGGCUUGAAAGACCGAUGUCUUUACUGAAUAAGCUUUAUUAUGGAAUAUUUACUUUAAUUGAAAAUACUAAUUUACCACACAAAUGCAAAUACAUUACAGCCUUUUAAAAGAAAACAGUUACUUUUCCUUUUAAAAGAAAAAGGAAUUGCUUUGAUAGUUAAGAAAUCUUAUCAACAAAGUGGACUUAAAAAUUCUACUCUGAAGUGUGAACAUGCAGUUAGUAUGUACAAGAAUCCUAGCACUUCAGCUUGCAGUGCUUUUUAAAGUUUAGCUUCCAUGGAAAUCACUGAAAAGUGAUCUUGAGUAAGAAUGGUAGUGUGAUGCCCUAAUACUGUUUGGGUUUUCCCCUAAUACUGACUUUGGUCACAUGUAUGGGGUUUUUCCUCCUCAUAAAAUAAGAACAAAUUUCCCCUUAUCUGUCACUUAAAACGUAAUGUGGUUUAUAUGAACUUUAUAAUAGAAGCUUUGAUUAGUACUCUUUGUCACACAUCUAGAGGGUUGGGUUUUUUCCUCCCACAGACUAUUUACUUGGCUUGCAUUUUUUCCAUCAGCCUCUCCAAACUUCUGCAGCAGCCAUGUUUUCUGUGUUGGAAGUCUUUGUGUUGUGUUCACUGGUUCAGUCAACAAUACUUUAUGUUCUACCAUGCCGGCUUUGUCCGAGUUAGUCAUAAGCCUCUAAAAGACCAAGGUUCUUACCAGUGUAUAGUUUACAGCUGGAAUUGUAGAAAUGUUCAUAUUGUAAAUUACAGUAAGAUGCAGGUUACAGUGCAGGUAAAUUGUAAUUUUUCACAAUGUGAUGUUUCUAUCAAAGUUGGGGUUUUUUAUUUAUUAGUAAAAAGGUUGGCAUUUGUGUGGACCAAUCUGCAGUGUCAUCUUAAAACCUAUCUUUCAGCUUAAAAUUUUCAUGAGUAUACAUCAAAUCAUACAUUUUGAUGUAUAUUUAUGUCAGUGAAAUUUGGGUGAAAGCUAUAUACAGUCAUUUUUGUAUUUUUUUCUAUGUUGUAAAGAAAAAAAUGUAAUUUUAUAAGUCUGAUUCACUAAGAUUAUUAUAAGUUAAAUGUAUUUUUUGUAUAUUUAGGAAUCUGGUAUUACCUGGAGCUCUGAAAGAUUAAGCAUAGACUUUUUAUGCAUGUUUGGAAGAUAUUUCUACUUGAUAAUGCAGUAAACUGGUUUGUAUGCUAAAACACUA